GGGGGGUGUGGGAAGAGGCUACAAAAACAACUCAUCGUUUCCCCCAUAAACGAACUUGGCUCAGGUCUACAAAGGUGCCUUCAGCGGCGGGGACGGCAGCGAGCAUUGCUUACUUAUUUAGGAACUUUUAAAGUCUCCACUUUGGACAUAUCUGCACUGACAUCAUCUCGUGUGCUGCUCAGAGGUCAAAGUUCAGUUGAGGAAUCAGCCAAGGAAGAUGCUGGCGGAGGGCAGGGAGGCUCCAGUCUCCUCCGUUGCUCAUGCCGACAGUGAUAAUGGGGAGGAGGAUUCCUGCCCGCGUAUGGCGCUGCUGGCCGGAGUGGAGCAGAGCCGGAGGCACAGGACCGCGUUUACGCGCGAACAGUUGUCCCGUCUGGAGCAGGAGUACGGCAAGGAGAGCUACGUGUCCCGGGCAAGACGGUGCGAACUAGCGGCAGCACUCAACCUCCCCGAGACCACCAUAAAGGUGUGGUUCCAGAACAGACGGAUGAAGGAUAAACGACAGCGCCACAGUCUGAGCUGGCCUCACCCACUGGACCCCAACCUGUGUGCCUUCAUGGCUUGGUGGGCUUCCCUCUCCAGUACUUUACCCCCCAGUGCACACAAUGCAACAUCCUCCAACCUGUCCCUGCCCCUAUUGCCUCCACUGGGGACCAGACCAGCUGCUCAAGGCCAGAGGGGGACCUGGUCUCGGGCUAAGUUUGACCAGCAGCCCAAAACCUACAGCUGCACUGAUAGAAUGCAGAGAAGAAGUGCCUUUGCCUCAGUGAAGGAAGGACUUUAUUUAACAUUAGAAAUUACAUUUUUGGACAUCAUUGGUCACCAACCCUCCUCCUGUUUUAGAGUUUAAUGGGAACCAUAAUUUACCAAAUGAUGUUAAUCAAGAUCUUCAAAAGCACAAGAUGUGAACAAUUAGCGCAAGGAGUAAACUCUGCAGCAUGGCAGAUCUUCACAAGGGUUGGUAGCCACUCAUCUAUCGUCUAAUACAGAUUCACACUGCAAUGGCACAAUCAAAGCUAGAGAAAGGGUACUGCCACAUUAUGUUCAUUUUAUGCUAAAUUUCUAGUUUUCUGUAUGUGGAAAUGUUUUAAAGAUAAAUAUUUUUAUGGCCUUCCUAAAAAA